AAAUAUAGCACGCGCGAGCUCAGCUCCCAGCAAAGUCAUUGCUCUGACAGUUUUGUGAAGGGAGCAGAAGAGAAGAAACCUAAUCUCAGAACCCAACAACACCUAGCAACAGUUGAAAAAACUUUUAAACAAAAGUUUGGGUGGGAGAUACGCAACGACCUCAAAUAUCUGCUGCUCAGGAUUUCAGGGAGAAGAAGCAGUUUCCCCCUUUCUACUCAGUUUCCUGCAUGACUUCAGCUAUUGGCUAGUCCUAGGAAAGAAAGUGGGAAAAGCUUUUUCCUCUAUAUUCCUUUGGGCUGGAUAGUUUUCCAGGACUCCAGUCUGUCUUGGGCUGUGGGACAAGCCACUGGGUUCUUCAAAGGAUAAGCUGCCUGCAUAAAGGACAUACCCUUGGUUAAACGAGCUGCCGUCAGGUGGGAAUGAGAUCCCGAAAUCAAGGUAGUGAGAGUUCAUCCAAUGGGCACAUCUCCUGCUCCAAGUCAUCUAUCAUCAGCAAUGCUGAUGAUAAAAGUCUUUCAGAAGAUGCGAAAAAGAAGAACAAAUCAAAUAGGAAGGAGGAGGAUGUCACAGCCUCAGGAACCAUCAAACGACACCUAAAACCAUCUGGAGAAAGUGAGAGAAAGAAUAAGAAGUCUCUGGAGUUAUCUAAAGAAGACCUCAUUCAGCUACUCAGUAUAAUGGAGGGGGAGUUGCAGGCCAGGGAAGAUGUGAUCCACAUGCUGAAGACGGAGAAAACCAAACCCGAGGUUCUGGAAGCUCAUUACGGGUCUGCGGAGCCGGAGAAAGUGCUACGGGUCCUGCACAGAGAUGCUGUCCUUGCCCAGGAGAAGUCCGUAGGAGAAGAUGUCUAUGAGAAACCAAUUUCAGAGCUGGACAGACUUGAGGAAAAACAGAAAGAAACCUACCGGCGCAUGCUAGAGCAGCUGCUGCUGGCAGAGAAGUGUCACAGGCGCACUGUAUACGAGUUAGAGAACGAGAAGCAUAAACACACUGACUACAUGAACAAGAGUGAUGACUUCACCAACCUGCUGGAGCAGGAGCGGGAGAGGUUGAAAAAACUCCUUGAACAAGAAAAGGCUUACCAAGCCCGAAAAGAAAAGGAAAAUGCUAAGAGGCUCAAUAAACUAAGAGAUGAGCUUGUCAAACUCAAGUCCUUUGCACUCAUGCUGGUGGAUGAAAGACAAAUGCAUAUUGAGCAACUUGGUCUACAAAGCCAGAAGGUACAGGAUCUUACUCAGAAAUUGAGGGAAGAAGAAGAAAAGCUGAAAGCCAUUACUUCCAAAUCCAAAGAAGACAGGCAGAAAUUGCUCAAGUUAGAAGUGGACUUUGAACACAAGGCUUCAAGAUUCUCUCAAGAGCAUGAAGAGAUGAAUGCUAAAUUGGCUAAUCAAGAGUCUCACAACAGGCAACUUAGACUCAAACUGGUUGGCUUAACUCAAAGAAUUGAGGAGCUAGAAGAAACCAACAAAAACCUUCAAAAGGCAGAGGAAGAACUUCAGGAAUUAAGAGAUAAAAUUGCCAAAGGGGAAUGUGGAAACUCCAGCCUCAUGGCGGAAGUGGAAAAUCUUCGAAAGCGUGUACUGGAAAUGGAAGGUAAAGAUGAGGAGAUCACUAAAACUGAAUCCCAGUGUAGGGAAUUGAGGAAGAAGCUGCAAGAGGAAGAACACCACAGUAAGGAGCUCAAACUUGAAGUUGAGAAGUUACAGAAGAGAAUGUCUGAACUGGAGAAACUGGAAGAAGCAUUUAGCAAGAGUAAAUCUGAAUGUACCCAGCUACAUUUAAAUCUGGAGAAAGAAAAGAACUUAACCAAAGACCUGCUAAAUGAAUUGGAAGUGGUCAAGAGUCGAGUUAAAGAACUUGAAUGUUCUGAAAGUAGAUUGGAAAAAGCUGAAUUAAGCCUAAAAGAUGAUCUCACAAAGUUGAAGUCAUUUACCGUGAUGCUGGUUGAUGAAAGGAAGAAUAUGAUGGAAAAAAUAAAGCAAGAAGAAAGGAAAGUGGAUGGUCUCAAUAAAAAUUUUAAGGUGGAGCAAGGAAAGGUUAUGAAUGUAACAGAAAAACUAAUUGAAGAAAGUAAGAAGCUUUUAAAGCUGAAAUCUGAAAUGGAGGAAAAAGUAUACAAUUUGACAAAGGAGAGAGAUGAAUUAAUAGGCAAACUGAAAAGUGAAGAAGAAAAGUCUUCUGAAUUAAGCUGCAGUGUUGACUUAUUAAAGAAGAGACUUGAUGGUAUAGAGGAAGUAGAAAGAGAAAUAACAAGGGGAAGAUCUCGAAAAGGACCUGAACUCACCUGCCCAGAAGAUAACAAGAUUAAAGAACUAACGCUUGAAAUUGAGAGACUGAAGAAACGUCUGCAGCAGUUGGAGGUAGUGGAAGGGGAUUUGAUGAAGACAGAGGAUGAGUAUGAUCAGCUGGAGCAGAAAUUUAGAACUGAGCAGGAUAAGGCUAAUUUCCUCUCUCAACAACUAGAGGAGAUAAAGCACCAAAUUGCCAAGAAUAAAGCAAUAGAGAAAGGUGAGGCUGUGAGCCAGGAAGCUGAGCUGAGACACAGAUUUCGGUUGGAAGAAGCUAAAAGUCGAGACUUAAAAGCAGAAGUCCAAGCUCUUAAAGAGAAGAUUCAUGAGCUAAUGAACAAAGAAGAUCAGCUUUCUCAGCUCCAGGUGGAUUAUUCUGUUCUUCAACAAAGAUUUAUGGAAGAAGAAAGUAAGAACAAAAACAUGGGGCAGGAGGUCCUCAAUUUGACCAAAGAGUUGGAGCUUUCCAAGCGGUAUAGCCGUGCUCUCAGACCCAGUGUGAAUGGAAGAAGAAUGGUGGAUGUCCCAGUAACAUCGACGGGAGUGCAGACUGAUGCUGUUAGCAGUGAAGCAGCAGAGGAGGAAACUCCUGCUGUUUUUAUACGGAAAUCCUUUCAAGAGGAAAAUCAUAUCAUGAGUAAUCUUCGACAGGUGGGACUGAAAAAACCUAUGGAGCGAUCCUCUGUUCUAGACAGGUAUCCUCCAGCAGCAAAUGAGCUCACUAUGAGAAAGUCUUGGAUUCCAUGGAUGAGGAAAAGGGAAAAUGGUACCUCAAUCACUCAGGAGAAAGGGCCUCGAGCAAAUUCCAGUCCAGGGCACCCAGGAGAGCUAGUCCUUUCACCAAAGCAGGGUCAGCCUCUGCAUAUUAGAGUGACUCCAGAUCAUGAGAAUAGUACUGCCACUUUGGAGAUAACAAGUCCAACAUCUGAAGAAUUUUUUUCUAGCACCACUGUCAUUCCUACCUUAGGGAAUCAGAAACCAAGGAUAACCAUUAUUCCAUCACCAAAUGUAAUGUCUCAAAAAUCAAAAAGUGGAGAAACUACUCUUGGCACAGAAAGAGCCAUGUCCCCAGUCACAAUUACUACAUUUUCCAGAGAGAAGACCCCAGAAAGUGGAAGAGGUGCAUUUGCGGACAGGCCCACAUCUCCCAUUCAGAUAAUGACAGUAUCUACAUCAGCAGCACCAGCUGAGAUUGCAGUCUCUCCUGAAUCCCAGGAAAUGCCUGUGGGAAGAACUGUUCUCAAAGUCACCCCAGAAAAACAAACUGUCCCAACACCAUUAAGGAAAUACAAUUCCAAUGCCAAUAUCAUAACCACAGAAGACAAUAAAAUUCACAUUCACUUAGGUUCUCAAUUUAAACGAUCUCCUGGGACUUCAGCUGAAGGAACAAGUCCAGUUAUUACUGUCCGACCAGUCAAUGUGACAGCUGAAAAAGAAGUUUCCACUGGCACUGUACUCCGCUCUCCCAGGAAUCAUCUUUCAUCACGACCCGGUGCGAGCAAAGUGACAAGCACCAUCACCAUAACACCGGUCACAACUUCAUCUACUCGAGGAACUCAGUCAGUGUCAGGACAAGAUGGGUCAUCCCAGCGGCCUACACCCACCCGCAUUCCUAUGUCAAAAGGUAUGAAAGCAGGAAAGCCAGUAGUGGCAGCCCCAGGAGCAGGAAAUCUGACCAAAUUCGAGCCUCGAGCUGAGACUCAGUCUAUGAAAAUAGAGCUGAAGAAAUCUGCAGCUGGCAGCGCUACCUCUCUUGGAGGGGGGAAGGGCUGAGGGCAGUGGCUAAGGGGGUAUGUUGUGCAGAUGCUACUGCUGCCGUGAAAACAAACCGUCUGUUAGUGCCAAUCUUUACAUGUACUAAUUUAAGGUUUCAAUAGCUCAUUUAUAAAAUAACCAACUAAUAACCAUGUGUCUUUUCUAAUUUGUGCAUUUGUUUUGAUGCUAGGGAAUAGAACUAAUUAGAAAAAAAUACUGUUUGCAGUGUGGUUUUUUAAGGACUCUGGGCCUGAGGCAGGAUCUGGCUGAUUGCCAAAGUUUUGCUUCUACACAAGUGGACGCACCAAUUAACCCAUCUGAGCCUCAGUUCCUUCAUCAAUAAAAUGCUGGGUCAUAAGAUCUCCAAGGUGGCCUCCCAUAUUUUCUUAAUGUAAUCCAAAUUUAAUAGCUUUGUUCCACAAUAUUUUUUCCUCCUCAAAAUGCUAUUAUGAAAUAGGAAAUAAUUUAACAGUUGUCAUUUGCCUCUAUCAAACCCUGAAUUUGCUUCAUGUGCUAGAAAAAAAUAUCAUGGCUAUCACAGAGUCUGGACUUCUAAAGUUUUACAAAAAGAAAAAUCUCUAAGGUUAUUUCAGUAAAUAAGUUGAAUGUAAAAUAAAAUGGAACUGAAAUGUGGAAUCCUAAAAA